GCUUCACUGUUUACUUAUAUUGGGAAGGUUUUCGGGGGAAGGGAUUCUUUUUAUGAGAGACGGGGGGUUUUUCAAUUUCAAUGUUUGGCGCAUCAUCUUGGGCGUAGCACUGUUGCACACCCGUGCCUAGUCGCACUUCAAGAUGCCAUCGUCGUUUUCAAUGAGCUCGCUAACGUUUCACCUGCUAGAUCGAAUUGAUAGUCAAAUCUGAUUACGAUGAAGAUUACGAUCCUUAACCUCGCCUUCGCGGCGUCCCUGGCUGUUGCCCAACCGCACAACCACGGCCAUGGGCACUUCCACCAGAAGAAGCGUGGAGAUUCAGCCGUUGACAAGCGCGGCGACGUAGUCGUGGACUACGUUCCCGCGUACGCCACUGUCUACAAGAUUGGAGACGAGGAAGUCACUCCCGAAGAGGCAAAGGCCGGCUUGGAUAACGGUCUCUACAUUGUUGUUGGCGAGACCACCCCGACCUACUCUGCUCCCAGUGCGCCCUCGAUCACGCCCACCAGCUCCCCCGAAUAUGCAGCUCAGUUCAUUGAGAAGACUUCCACUACUACCUCCUCGUCGACUACAUCCUCCACCCCGGUCCCCAGCACCACAUCCACCACCUCCAGUGUUGCUCCUGCCACCACCAGCCAAGCGAGCAGUGGCGGCUCUUCUGGCACGACCGGCAUCGACGCCGAAUUCCCCAGCGGAGAGAUUGAUUGCGACACCUUCCCAUCUGACUACGGCGCGUAUGCUCUCGACUGGCUGGAUACUGCUGGCUGGGCUAGUCUUCAGUACACGCCCAACUACUCCAUUGGCGACGCCGCAAUCAGCUACAUUGUUUCUGGCGUUACUGGCGACAAGUGCAAGAAGAAGGGCUUCUGCUCUUACGCUUGCCCUCCUGGCUACAUGAAGUCGCAGUGGCCCGAGGACUCCCAGGGCCUUACUGGCCAGUCCAUUGGAGGCCUUUACUGCAACGCCGACGGCAAGCUCGAGCUUACGCGCCCCAAGGUCAAGCAGCUGUGCAUUGAGGGUGUUGGAGGCGUGACUAUCGUCAACAAACUUUCUAAGGGCGCUGCCGUCUGCCGUACCGAUUACCCUGGUCUCGAGAACAUGGUCAUUCCAUUGGACACCCAGCCCGGUAACACGUACACCCUGGCCAAUGUCGACUCGUCAACCUACUACGAAUGGGAAGGCAUGGCCACCACUUUCCAGUACUACGUCAACCCCCAGGGUAUCUCGGUCGAGGAUGCCUGCGUGUGGACUAGCCCCGUCAAGCCUCUUGCGGCCGGUAAUUGGGCCCCGACCAUCAUUGGCGUCGGCAGAGACUCAACCGGCACGACUUACCUCUCUAUCUUCCCCAACUCGCCCACCAGUGUCGCCACUUUGGAUUUCGACAUCGAGAUCAGCGGUGACUUCUCUGGCUCGUGCUCGCUCAAGUCAGGGACGUACGAAGGCUCAGACUCCGGUUGCACGAUUGGCAUUCCGGAGGGCGGCAACGCUGUGCUCACAUUUGUGGACAGCUCGUAAAGAUCUACAUGAGAACGAUUGAUUUCCCAUUGCGUCUUGGUUUUAUAUUGCUUUCUAGUGGAUACCUCUUACCAUCUGCCUCUUUGCAACGCCAUAUCACGAGGUCACUUGUCACGGAGAUGGCAUAGCGAAUCUAAUAUUUAUUGUGCAUAAUUUGGGCGUCGCUAACGAGUAGCUCUCGGUAGUGGAAGGAGUGGAGUCGCCCGGGGUUGUUGGGAUUCCAAGCCGAUGUUGUUAUACCAGUGGUGUUCUUUUUCGACAGUUGCAGGGCAGUGGUUCCCUAGUUGGAUUCUAUCCGUUCUUGGUUCGGGGUGGGCGAGAACGGAGACUGGUCGAGUCUCCACUCGACGGGCCUAAGCAUGCUUCCUGGAGCGAUGCUUGCAAAUAAUACCUUGGUCGGGUCGUUUAGUGAAGAGGCACGCACUUGUAUACUCGCAGACCAACCAGUUGGCGUAUACCAGUCUG